AUGAAGCCAGGAAAUGCCUCAUCCAUUUCCGAAUUUAUCCUUCACGGUUUUUCAGAAGAUCCCAAACUGCAGUCUCUCUUAUUUGUGGUUUUUCUCUCCAUGUACCUGGUCGCUGUCUUAGGGAACCUACUCAUCAUUGUGAUUAUCCUCGCAGACCCCCACCUCCACACCCCCAUGUACUUCUUCCUCUCCAACUUGUCCUUGGUCGACAUCUGUUUCACCUCUACCACUGUCCCCAAGCUGCUGGUGAACAUUCAGACGCAGACCAAAGCCAUCACCUACGGAGGCUGCAUUGCCCAGAUGUAUUUUGUCGUACACUUCUCAGUGCUGGACAUCUUACUGUUGACCGUGAUGGCCUAUGACCGCUUUGUGGCCAUCUGCCACCCCCUCCACUACACCGUCAUCAUGAACCCCCAGCUCUGUACUCAGGUGGUGUUGGUGUUUUGGUUCUCAAGCGCCCUGCACGCCUUGUUGCACAGCUUACUGGUGUUACAAUUGUCCUUCUGCCCUGAUUUGGAAAUCCCCCACUUCUUCUGUGAACUCAAACAGAUGGUCGAAGUUGCCUGCUCCGACACCUUCAUCAACAGCGUGGUGAUUUACUUUGCAGCGGUGCUUCUGGGUUGUGGCACUUUUGCUGCAAUCCUUUACUCUUACUGUAAGAUUGUUUCUUCCAUACGGAGAAUCUCAUCAGCUCAGGGCAAGUUCAAAGCCUUUUCUACCUGUGCAUCUCACCUCUCUGUGGUUUCCUUAUUUUAUUGCACAAUCUUAGGGAUUUACCUGAACUCCGCUGCCCCCCACAGCUCACAGGGCAAUCCGACAGCUUCAGUGAUGUACGCUGUGGUUGCACCUAUGCUGAACCCCUUCAUCUACAGCUUAAGAAAUCAAGAUAUAAAGAGGGCCCUGAGAGCAUUCUUUGUGAGAGGAAUUAUCAAAGAACGGUUAUCCUUAGACUGA